AUGGCGGUGCUCGACGGCCGAGGCUCAGCGAUUGGCGCUGGCAAACCACUCUCGCUGAUGCUGCUCACAGUCCAAAACUCGGCCUUCAUCCUCGUCAUGCACUACUCCCGCGUCAUGCCCCCGUCCGGCGACCACCGCUACUUCCCUUCAACCGCUGUCUUUUUCCACGAGCUCAUCAAGCUGGCCGUCUCCCUGACGCUGGCCCUGUACGAGGCGUCCAAGACGCUGGCCCCCAGCACGCCCGCCACGGUGCUGUUCGAGCAGAUCUACAACGCCAUGUUUGCGGGCGACGGGUGGAAGCUGGUUGUGCCGGGCGUCUUUUACACACUGCAGAAUAUCCUGCAGUAUGUGGCUAUUGAGAAUUUGGAUGCUGUGCAUUUUCAGGUUCUGUACCAGCUCAAGAUUCUCACGACGGCGCUGUUCAGCGUCUACCUCCUGAGUCGCCCCCUUGGCUUCAAGCGCUGGCUCUCGCUCAUCGUCCUCACCCUGGGUGUCUCAAUCGUCUCCCUACCAGGUUCGACAACAAAUGUCGCCAGCAGAGUCUCCGGCUCCGACUCCCUUCUGUUCCACGGCAUGCCUGACCACUUCUUCCCUCGAUCUCGCCAUGAGCUCGGCCAUCCAGUCCUCGAAGAAGCCCCCGCGCAUCUGACACGCCGCUCCGCGACCUACGAGGGCAUUGACAACGACCUUCACUUUGUCGAGCCACCCAUGAACUACUCCCUGGGCGUGACUGCAGUUCUCGUCGCUGCGGCUGUCUCUGGGCUUACGGGCGUGUACUUUGAGAAACUCCUAAAGGAGAGCCCGACUCAGGCCAGCGUCUGGGUGCGAAAUUUGCAGCUGAGCUUCUACUCGAUGAUCGCCGCCCUAUUCGGUGGCGUCAUGUGGCAGGACGGAGCUGGAAUCCGCGAGCACGGCUUCUUUGAAGGCUACAAUGCGGUUGUUUGGGCGACAAUCGUCUUGCAGGCGACUGGUGGCUUACUGGCCUCCUUGGUUAUCAGAGACGCCGACAACAUUGUCAAGAACUUUGCGACGAGUAUCAGUAUCAUACUCAGCUUUCUCAUCAGCGUGUGGGUUUUUGAGUUUGAAGUAACUCUCACGUUCCUCUUGGGCACAAUGUUGGUGCUGCUCUCGACAUACAUGUACAGUGUAUUCGAAGAGACAUCGGUUCGACAUCGCCCGCCCGCCAUCCGCGUCGCAACCUUUGAGAAGCCCGCCAUCGAACAGCUGACGCCCUUGGGCACCCCUCGCCUGGGCCCCUCGAAGCACUUUAAAUCCAUCGACCCAUUUGAUGCCAAGGGCUUGGGAUCGACAUCGAGCCGACCCUCCAGUCCCAUGUUCGCCCGGCCGGCGAGUCGCCUUUCGGCGCAAAAGGAGCUGUGA